GAUCCACACCACCAUUACUUACAUCCAUCAGAGCUGUUUCUGGAAUGUCAUCGACGACAAAGUUGAGGAGGAAUGGUGAGAUUGGGCAACUUUGCCUAACCCCACUACUUGAAUGGAACAACCGAGAGAGGCAGUUGUAUGCCCUCACUCUGCCUGAAAUUUUUGUAUGUAGGGCUUCCGAGAUGUUAGUAAAAUUUUCGGCACAUUCUUCUUCAAUAGACAAUUCUAGGGAAAAGUCCUGUCCAACUAAGCGAAGGCAGCCGUGAUGUCAAGAAGCUACGAUUAUUGGUUUCUCAUAAGCAUGGCGAUAUUCUGACAUUUUUCAUAGGGUCAAGAUAUGUUCAAUACACCCUCGACCAGGACGCCUGCUCCUCGGGAGUCAAUCUUUCCGGGUUUCAAACAGUCUACGAAGUACGACAGAAACCGACAGUUUGGAAUUAGUUGAAAGUAGACUUAUCCCUCGACAGUUGUUGCAUAGGUAACAUCAACCCUUUUUAAAGAUGGGGACAACUAUCGACUUGUUUCACGAUAUUUGAACACUCUAACUACCAGAAGUUUAUAAAUUACCCAAUCGAUUCUUUGACCAAAAGAUCGCUGUUAUCACUAAAAAGGCCAGAAUUAAGUCAUCUGGGUCUGGUGAUUUGUAGCGCUUCAAGAGUUGCAGUUACUUGCGAACUUCUUGUUAUGUCGAUUAGUCGUCACUGACCGUGGAAGACGGGGCAGUCUGAUCGAUAUUGCCGGGCAACAGACCAGUUGAACGGUUCCUUGAAAAACUCUGCCCACCAGACGUUUUGCUGCCAGUGUCUCAGAUGAGUUGACAGAACGUUUGUUAGUUACCAGGUGCUACUGCUCCCAACUCGUUAGCACGCUGCGACCACCGGGUUUCUCGGUCCUUACACAAGCUUUGCUCAACUUCAUUACGAAACAGUCUUCUUUUAUAGUCAAACUCGCGUUUUUCCGGAAUAGGUCGACGUGCUUCAACUAAUUGAAAAGGGCCUAUAGAAACCAAGUGAUUACAUGCGGAACGUUUCGCAAAACCACAAGCCACUUUACUCUCCACUUUCAUGGCAUCAUGCAAUUGCAGCUAACGGUCAUCUAUAAUUCUCAACGGUUUGAUAGCUAGCCUUAAUCUGAGCUCGGUUUGAUAUUUAGUUGCAACAGAAGCCGCAACCAGUUUGCUGACAUCGAUUCGUUUAGGGCGGUAAGUCGGUUGGCCACCAAAAUGUAAGACAUUAUUAGCGCAGGUAAGGGCAUGGUCAGAGUCCAGAUCGAUACACCAAAAGAAGCAGCAGUCUUGUACAUAACUACGUUUUAGGUAGCCGAUCGCAAUGUGAUCAAUCUGAGUUCAGGUUUGAGAUGCAAAUGGAGGACGUGACGUAUCACACCUGUGAUGACCGUCCCUGUAGUUAAUGCUAGCUAGAAACUGGUUUUACAGUUACAGUAGGUCACCGUUAUCUGACUAGCGACUAACAAGUCCCAAUUAGCCGCACAAAUGAUUCUCCUGUGCUCAGACGCCCGACCUGUGAAUUCAUGUCUCGGGCUAGCACUACCAUAUCUACAGGGCACACUUUCUGUAGAACACUUAACUGGUAAUAAGGCUCAUCCUUGAUCGCACCCGGGCUGCAGUCUGUUGGAGCAUUGACGGAGAUGACGGAAGUACACCAUUUUUCUCACUCAUUUUCUCACUUUGAUGGGGCUUUCUGAUCGAAAAGCACAUAGCCGACUGUUAACAGGGAUCCAACUAAUUAGCGCGGCGCCAACGCCAGAAAAACUAGACAAAGAUGCUGCAGGAUCCCCGGAUAAAACACACAAAUCAAGCUUUUCGAACGGCCAGAUGGAGAGCGAAUUUGUAGUACUUCACUAGAGUCUUGAAUACGGGUCUCAGAUAGACAACAGACAUCGAUGUUACUACUUUUUAAAAAAAUAGCCAACCCUAUCGGUUGUCCGAUCUGCGUUAGUGUGCGAGUGUCGAAGUAGGCCAGUUUGAAUGUCAGAUGUUUCAAAAAGGCUGAUUUAUAAUGCAUAUUCGUUAGUAAGAUUCAACUUCUGAUCAGUCAGUGACUUGAGAUCGUUUAGAUAGGCGAGCAGCUUAUGGAAUUUGAAGAAUUAGGGAAUAUACAAAAUAGGAAUAAAAGAAUAGACAAGUGACUCAAUGUAAAAUGCAAACGAUGGUUAAUAAGUGGUUUUGAGUAUGAUUUGCGAGAAUGAGAAUUAAAGCGUGAAUUUUUUUUUCUAAUUGCAACCAUUUGGUUUGUGUGUGGGCUUGGAAACUUCCCGGGCACCCGGGAUGAAGCGGGUGGUCUUCAGUGGUCACUCGAACUUUCAACCUAGAGUUCCAGUCCACAGGGUAGUGAAGCAGCGUUAGGAGGUUCAGUCCCGUGGUAGCCAGUGACCAACAAUAGGUUCAUACGCCAUUUGUCCCCUCAGGAUCCUAGAGCCUAUGUGCACCAUUGGUUAGAAUGGGGGUUUUUAAACCCUCCUAGGUGAGUCCUCCGUAUCCACCAACCAUGUUAAAGCGUUGAACAUUCACUUUCCUCCUCAAUUUCGUAAACAACACUCUGCAGCGAUCAGGCUAAUAGGACUUCUCUGACAGUGGCUGUAUAUGCGUGGCGAUGUGAGAGCAUUUCGAGAUAGCGAGCGAAUCCUCCUCACCCUCGGCCGCUUCGGGAUAUUUGGGGGCCCAAAAUCAAAUGAAAAAACGAAAGUCAUGUCCUAUAAUUUAUACUGUAACUGAUCUGGUUAGGCACCGACCAGAUUUUCAUAUCAUUAAAUCUUCAAGAAAGUCUAAUCUAUGUCUGCAUACUUAUAAAAUCGAGGGUUUCUAGAAAAGACAAAAUUAUCUUGAUAUAUUAUCUUAUUUGUCCAGACACACACACAUUCAUACAUAAUUACAUACUUAGUCUUUCCAUAUUUUACUUAAAACACUUUAGCUAGAUUUUAGAUAUAUUUUAGGUGGUGCAAAAGAGGAGGCGCCGAAAAGCAGAUUCAUAAAGAACUUAUAAUAUUAUUUGCUUUCGGCUCUCACCUAUUUGACUUUUUUUUUCGUUAAUUUUUUUCAGUAUAUUAAUAUGUUUAUUUUCUAAUUUAUUUCAUAUCAAUUAUACAUAAGUAUAAAUAUUUUAUUCAAAACAGAGCGAGAGAGUAAUUUAAUUAAUUAAUUGUUUAUUUAAAGUUUCUGUUUUGUUUGUUUCUAUUUCAAAUAUUCUGAAAAAUAAGAGCAAUUAUUUUAACUUGUCAUAUUUUUCUUCCUGUUAUCAUCACCAUAGAUAGAAUAAUAUUAUUCCCCAAAUAUUAUUUGGUAUUCGUCUAGACUGCAUAUCUUGUUACAGUUAUUACAAUUUUUUAUUGUAUUUGAAAACGAAAACUAUUUAUACACUUUCUGUCACUUUUUUUCUUAUUCUCUUCGUUGUUAUUGUAAUUCCAUUUUAUUGGAUUCUUUGUUUGUUCUUAGUUUUUUGUUGCUGAUGUUUCCAUCUGUGUUACCAUAUCAUUAUAGUUUUUUUGGAAUUAUUUAAAUUUUACUUCAUGGGUCGCAAAAAAAUACUCAUCAAGAAGAUUGCUGACGAACGAAAUCGUCAGGUUACAUUUACAAAACGUAAAUUGGGUUUGAUGAAAAAAGCAUACGAGUUGAGUAUACUGUGUGAUUGUGAAAUAGCUUUAAUUGUAUUUACGAGUUCACAAAAGUUGUUUCAAUAUGCUAGUUCAGAUAUGGACAAAAUUUUAUUACGAUAUACUGAAUUCAAUGAACCACAUGAAUCAAAAACCAAUAGAGAUAUAGCAGAAUUGAUCAACCGUAAAGAGGGCAAAUUUUCUUACUUAUCGGAUGGUGAUGCAGUCAGUAAUAAUAAUGAUCCGUUCUUCUCAAAUACAACUGAUCAGUUAAGUGAAGCUGAUGCUUCUAUACGAACUGGAACUAAAACACCGAUUACUUCAUCUGUUUCAAUGGCAUUGGAAUUCCCUGGAUCAAUAUCAGACUUACCAAAACAUAUUCCUGGUAUAACACAUUCUGUUACACCUGAGAGUAUAACUGACCAACAUAUGAAUGCUACACACGCGCCAAGUUCAUCAAUGCAUUUUACUACAUCUACUGAACGAGAAAAGAAAACUGAGAAUUUGAUUUAUCACGAACAAGAUACUACUAGUGGAGUAGUAGCAGGUGAAUCUCAUGUUAAUGAGUUAUGUCGAGAGAUUAUAUUAGAUGAUGAAACAAACCAACCUUUCAAUUCAGAUCUACGUUCUAGUUCUAGAAAUCAUAUCCCUCAAAUACAUUUCGGAUCUCAAGAGUUUUCAACUCAUAAUCGUGGAUCGUAUUUAAUAGAUCCUAAUAUGAAACCUAUUGUAUCAGGUGAUCAUUUAAGUUCAUUUCGUUCGGAAAAUGUUCAAAAUUUUCGAAGUGAAGUUCAAGAUUGUUUUAAUAACAAUCUUUUGUCCGCACUAUCAAUUAGCAAUCAAAAUACAGAUAAUUUUGCUAAUCGCUCAACUACCAAUGCACAUUUAAGUCCUGGUUCUUUUUCAGAACCAUCAAGUUAUGCAACACAGCGUUCUUCACUUACUUCAUCGAGACGUAUUAAAAGGCCUGUUUUUGAACCUUAUGAUGAAUAUUUUUAUCCCAAAACUUCUCCAAACAUAGAAUCGAGAUCGCGUUCCCCUAUUCUACCUUUGAAACAAACAACUGUUUCACCCCCCACUAGCUAUUGUGAUUCGAAUCGUCUAACACAUCUGCCACCCAGCAAGCAUUUAAAUAUAACAUCAUGGGAAGGCAAUCAAACACCCUCAAUAGCAGAUUCAAGCAGACCUAAUCAAUCAGAACUAUAUAACAAUUCCUUUAAUUUAUCCUCAACAUCACCAUCCAAUAGACAGUUAUUAUCCGGUUCUUAUGAUCGUAACCUUUCUUCAUGCUCUAAUCUCAAGUGUAAAGAUGACCCAUAUAGUACUCUUAUAAGGGAUACACAGAACUUAUCUCAUAAUUUACAAACUUCAUCCAGUACUCUGUCUAUGCAGGAGAGAUUUAGUCAUUUCCCUGUUAUUCAUGAGUCUAUAACCUCAUUAAAUUCGUGUAAGAUACAACAGCAACCACCACAACAAAUUCAGAAUCCUCCAACUAUUCUGGAUGAUGAAAUGUGCAUUUCAAAUUUCAGCCCGUUUCAUUUUAUGUCCAAUACAUUGAAUGAUGUCAUUAAUAAUAAUCCAUCAAGUUCGAGUAAUACACAAAAUCUUAAUGAUAAUACCAAUAGUAAUGAAAAUCGAUCCCCUAAAUUCACUCAUACAACGACUAAUAAUACUAGUAGCAAGAAUGAUAGUAUUAAUAACAAUAAUCAUAUAAUUGCAAGCGGUGUUGGUAGUAUACCGUUAAACCAAAGAUCAUUUAAACCAGAUCAGUUCAUUGAGUCUGUACCUAGUCCUGAAUUAUUACUAUUUCUUUCAUCUAAUAAUAAUAGUAAUAAUAAUAAUUUAAAAAUAAAUACAGCAACAGCGCCUAUGACAACAACAAUUUCAGAUUUAACCCAUCCUUCUUAUGAUUUACAGUCAUAUUCUUCAUCAAAGAUGUGUGUACGCACAAAUAAGUCAAAAAUGCAUUUCCCAGAUUCGUUUGGACAACUUCCUUUUAGUCAAUCCAACAAUCCUUGUCUGGAGCUUUUAUCGUUUGAUAAACCUGACGAACCAACUGCAAAUUCUCCGGUUGAAUUUUUGUCUAACCCACUUAAACGUGUACGCCAUCUUUGAAAAAAAAAAACCUAGAUGUCUUAUUUUCAGAUUAUCUAUACGAUGUGAUGCGUGCUUUUAUCUCAUUCUUUUUAAGAUAUAUGUAUUCUCUAUCUUAUGAACGUGGAACAAUUAUAUCUCGUUGUAUUUAAUGCACUGUUUCGCACGCUUUCAUAGACAUUCACUAUGUCAAUUUCAUGUACACAUAUGAAUAUAUAUAUUUCCACAUAAGUCAUCGAACCUUUUUUCACAGUUUCUUAUCAUUCUCAUUCAUCGUUUAUCCUUCUGUUUGUUUUUAUAUUUCUCACCUUCACGUUAUUUUCUUUUUUUGGAUCACUUUCAUUCUUCAUGUGUUUCUGUUUAUUUCUCUUUCAUUUUUAAUCUUUGUAACCAAGAUUCCUAUUAGAUGAGCUGUGUUAAUGAAUGAAACGAAUCUCCUAAAAUAAGUCAGCCUAAUAUUUCCAGAUAAUUUAUGUGCAACACUAAUCUAUUUCUGUAUUUUUUUUCUUUAAUUAGAAGAAUGAGGAAAUACGAUACUCUAUUUUCUCUUAUUAAUAAUUUUUUUUCCGGUCUGUUAAAAAUUAUUAUUUUAUUGCCUUAGGUUGUAUUUCUCAAAGCGCCAAUUGUACUUUCAAUUUCAAGAUAUUAAUAUGUUCUAAGAUUGUUUUAGUUUUGUACAUAUGUCGAUUAUUAAUACUUCUUUGUAAGCAUGAUAUACUUGAGCGUAAUCACUUAGUUAAUACUAAGGUUAUAUGAAAUCAUAUUUUGUCAUAUCGAAAUAUGACAACACAAAAAAAUUUAAUUUCAUUCAAUAGGUUCAUGUGGUAAUUAUUCCACUUUUGUCUAAAUCAACGUCCAAUUUCUUCAUAAUUCAAAUAUGAUUGAGGUGAUUUUUUAUCUAUGUAUUUAUUUUCUUUAAAAAAAAUUCUCGGUAUAC